UGGGGUUUUUUUUUUCGCUGUCCCCAGGCCACCCUGGAGUUUUUUUAAACUCUCCCUAAAACUUCAUCCCAAAUUAUUUUCUCCCUGCUGCCAGCGACCAAGCACUGACCAAAAUUCCAUUCCCACUUUCCUUUCAAUCCCUUUUUUUUAAAUUUUCGGCCUCUCCCAGCCUGGCUGUGGUUUUAUUUUGGCUCCAGAUUUUGUCUGCAAAUAAACCCUUAAUUUCGGACGGGCUUUUUUUAGCAGAGAAACACCCAAAGUGCGGUUCCAGGCCUCACAAAAAAAGGGAUUUUUCCAACAUUUCCAGCCCGGAUUUCGCCGCGGGCUCCGUUUUUUUUUGCACCAGGUGCCGCCGCAGCCGCGGAUUUUUAUUCCAGCAGAGUCAUGGAUCGUGUUUGUUCCCAAAAUAGUCGGGAACCGGGCUCGGCUCCAGCCAAAUCCCCCACAAAUCACCUUCAGCCGAUCCGGAAUCCUCGGCUAAGCCGAGCUCCCGGUGCCCGGCUCCGAUUCCCACCGCGAUAUUCCCAAUUUUCCAGCUUUUUUUUUUUAUUAUUUUGAGCUUUCCCCUCUCCGCGGGCCAGCAGGGGUCGGCAGAAUUCCGGUUUUGGUGCCGCUCCAGGAGAAUUUCCGCAUCCAGAGGAACAUCCCAGAGUAGUGAUGGUGGAAGAAAAUCGGGGCCCUGAGCCCGGGGAUGGUGCCAGCAUGAGGAGGUGCUGCCAGGGCGUGGGGCUGCCAUGCCUGUUUAAGGGUUCAGGAAUGACCUCAGCGCAGCCUCCCCGCUUCCUGCUCGUGUUUGACUUCGACGAAACCAUCGUGGACGAGAACAGCGAUGAUUCCGUCCUGCGGGGCCGGGACCUGCCGGAGCCGCUGCGCCACAGCCCCGAGGGCGGCUCCUACAACGAGCACAUGCGGCGAGUGCUCGCCUUCCUGGGCGAGCAGGGCGUGAGCCCCGCCGACUUCAGGGCUGUCUACGAGAACAUCCCGCUGUCCCCCGGCAUGGCCGAGCUCUUCCAGUUCCUCUCCAAGCACCACGAGCUCCUGGAGCUGAUUCUCAUCUCCGACGCCAACACGUUCGGCAUCGAGGCCAAGCUGAGCGCGGCCGGGCUUCGCUCGCUCUUCCGAAAAAUCUUCAGCAACCCGGCCAGCAUCGACCGCCGUGGGUUCCUCACCUUGGGGCCCUACCACAGCCACAAGUGCCCGCGGUGCCCGGCCAACAUGUGCAAGAGGAAAAUCCUCAGCGAGUACCUGCGGGAGAGGGCGCAGGACGUGGAGUUCCAGCGCGUCCUCUACGUGGGGGACGGAGCCAACGAUUUCUGUCCCUCGGGGAUUCUGAGGGCGGCGGACGUGGCUUUCCCCAGGAAGGGUUACCCCAUGCACAGGCUGAUCCAGGAGAGCCAGGAGAAGCAGCCAGGAGCGUUCCAGGCCGCCGUGGUGCCCUGGGAAUCGGCCACGGAGGUGGCGCGGUACCUGCAGGAGCUGCUCAGGAAGAAAUGCUGAGGGGUUUGGGGUUCGGGA